AUGUUAAAUAAUAAUACAAACCAAUUUCAACGUGCAUUAAAAUAUCCAAUUAAUAUGGCUAAAUUUUCAAACAAUAUUUCUCUAAAAUAUCAUACAUCUAUGAUUCGAACUCAACCUAUAAAAAUUAACAAAAAAAAUAUUUGUAUUCUUUGGAACAUAGUAGAUACAUUUGUCUAUGCAAUUAUACCAUUUAUACUAACAUUAAUAUGUAGUCUUAUUAUUAUAAUUAAAGUAUUUCAAAGACGUCGUUCAGCUGCAAUCUUAGGUGGAAUACGUCAUGUACAAAGAGGUUUUAAUUCAUCAUCAGAUCAUUUCUCAACUAUAUUAAUAACAAUAAAUAUUUUAUUUUUUAUUAUGACUGGACCAUUAAAUAUUUGUCUUAUUAUUCAAUCCGUAUAUAAAUGUAGUUUUACGAAUUCAUCAUCAAUAAAGAAUUUCGUUAUGUUAAAUGAAUAUUUACGUUUAUUGCAAAAUUCCUAUCAUGCAUUAUCAUUUAUAUUUUAUUGUCUUAUUGGAAAGAAAUUUCGAAAUUCAGCUAAAUCUAUAUGUCGAACAGUAUAUUAUAAAGCAAUGGAUUUUGGUAUUGCUGAUAUCUGUUUACAAACACCGUUAGUUUCAUGUUGUCUCGAUCGAAAACGUUCAUCAAGUAGUGGACAAACAACAUCAUCAAAUAGUAGGCCAACUGAUGUUAGACGAUUAACAAUUGAACAAAGAAUAAAUAACCCAUUACCAUUGAAUGUAAUUCACCGACCCAUUUGCGUUACUUUUGAUGUUAAACAAAAAUCUAUAAAAUGUUCUACUACAUCUGUUUAA